CGGACAGUAGAAGAGAAACAGGACUGUGUUUGGAUUGUGCCUUUGUCACUGAUAUCAAGUUGGGACGACGGCAGAAGCUUGCGGUGUUACGAUACAUUGUGCAACAUGUGCUGAACUCUUCCCAAUGGCUUCUUUGACCCCAUGAUGCUGACAUCGAGAUCGCGCUCGAUUCACAUCUGACAUGCUACGAUACUGGUAGCUUGGCUAUAAUCUCUUGUAGCUUUUCACUUACUCGUUCAUCUAUCUAUUUGCCCCCACAUACUAUACAGACGCAAGAAAAGACAGCUCUUUCGAUUUGACAUCUAUUUUCGCAGUGUUGGAUUAUCAUGGCGGCAAAGCGGAAAGCCUCGGCCAUGACGGCCACGGUGGACGAGGAGCCUGUCGACCCUUCAGAUGAGCUAGCCUUCUAUUGUCUGGGUGGUGGAAAUGAAGUUGGCCGUUCUUGUCAUAUAAUUCAAUAUAAGGGGAAAACUGUCAUGCUUGAUGCUGGCAUGCACCCUGCAAAAGAAGGCUUUGCCUCUCUUCCAUUCUUCGACGAGUUCGAUCUCAGCACAGUUGACAUACUCCUUAUCAGCCAUUUCCACGUCGACCACUCCUCUGCCCUCCCCUAUGUCUUGAGCAAGACAAACUUCAAAGGCCGUGUCUUCAUGACGCAUGCAACCAAAGCAAUCUACAAAUGGCUUAUCCAAGACAACGUCCGAGUCAGCAAUACAUCUUCAUCAUCAGACCAACGGACGACACUAUACACAGAACACGAUCACCUGUCGACCCUGCCCCUAAUCGAGACAAUUGACUUCAACACGACCCACACAAUAAACAGUAUCCGCGUAACUCCUUUCCCCGCUGGCCAUGUCCUCGGUGCUGCUAUGUUUUUGGUAUCCAUUGCUGGGCUCAACAUACUUUUCACUGGCGACUACUCUCGAGAAGAGGACCGCCAUCUGAUACCUGCAGAGGUUCCCAGAGGCGUUAAGAUCGAUGUUCUCAUUACGGAAUCGACAUUCGGUAUCUCAUCGAACCCUCCUCGACUAGAGCGUGAAGCAGCUCUUAUGAAGACAGUCACUGGUGUUUUGAACCGAGGAGGCAGGGUUCUCAUGCCUGUGUUUGCUUUGGGUCGUGCACAGGAACUACUUUUGAUCUUGGAUGAAUACUGGGAGAAGCACCCAGAGCUCCAGAAGAUCCCUAUCUACUAUAUUGGAAACACAGCACGUCGCUGUAUGGUUGUCUAUCAGACCUACAUUGGUGCCAUGAACGACAACAUCAAGCGUCUUUUCCGUCAGCGGAUGGCAGAAGCGGAGGCCAGAGGCGACAAGAGCGUCAGCGCGGGGCCUUGGGACUUCAAAUUUGUUCGCAGUCUAAGAAGUCUGGAGCGUUUUGAUGACGUCGGUAGUUGCGUUAUGCUAGCUUCUCCUGGUAUGCUCCAAACCGGAACAAGUAGGGAGCUCUUGGAAAGAUGGGCGCCUAGCGAACGAAAUGGGGUUGUUAUGACGGGUUAUAGCGUUGAAGGAACUAUGGCUAAGCAACUUCUCAAUGAACCGGAGCAGAUCCCUGCAGUCAUGUCCAGGACGGCAGCCUUGCCUGUCCGAGGUCGAGUCCCGACUGCUGGUGAUCAGGAGCAGAAGGUCAUGAUCCCGAGAAGAUGUACCAUUGAUGAGAUCAGUUUCGCGGCACACGUUGAUGGCGUGGAGAAUCGGAAUUUUAUCGAAGAAGUCGCUGCUCCUGUUGUAAUCCUGGUACAUGGCGAGAAGCACCAAAUGAUGCGUCUUAAAUCCAAACUCCUCAGUCUUAAUUCCGAGAAGACAGUGAAGGUUAAGAUCUACACGCCUGCCAACUGUGAAGAAGUACGCAUACCUUUCCGAAAAGACAAGGUCGCCAAAGUUGUCGGCAAGUUGGCGGAGAUCACUCCCCCAUCAGAACAAGAUGAUGGCCGUCUGAUGGCGGGGGUCUUGGUUCAGAACGGAUUCAACCUGUCGCUGAUGGCGCCUGAUGACCUCCGCGAGUAUGCGGGCCUGACAACAACGACCAUUACCUGCAAGCAACACAUCACGCUUAGCUCAGCAAGCAUGGAUUUGAUAAAAUGGGCCCUUGAGGGCACAUUUGGUGCGAUAGAAGAGAUCGGUGUCAGCCACCAGGAGCUGGCUAAAAAGGAAAACGGAGACGAUUCAAUCAACGGCAAAAACGGUCACUUGGAGAAAGUUGAGGCUGCUGACGAGGAAAUCCCUCACGAAGAGGACCACGCAUAUCUUGUGAUGGGCUGCGUGGUUGUCAGAUAUAUGGCCCGCACUCGUGAGGUCGAGCUGGAGUGGGAGGGUAACAUGAUGAACGACGGGGUAGCUGAUGCAGUUAUGGCCGUGCUUCUGACAGUCGAAAGCAGCCCUGCUUCCGUAAAGCAGUCCAGCAAGCACAACCACCAUAGCCAUGAUGUUCCACUUCCCCCGAACCCACACUCGAAUCUUGGCCCAGAAGAGCGUUUUGGGCGCCUCUUGAUGAUGCUAGAAGCACAGUUCGGAUCAGACAUUGUCCCAAUCGAACGUCCUCGUCUCCCUAAAGACCUGUCCGCUGCAAAGAGCCAGGAUGGCGUGUCGACACCUAGCGCCAUUAAGACCGAACCCGGCACUGAAACUCCAGCCUCCAAUGCGGAAGAACAGGAGGAAGAAGAGGAAGAAGAUGCUGAAGAUGUCGCUGAGGCCGAGGCAGCAGAGCUCGCUCGCCUAAAUGCUCUCGGAAUCCCCUUCCCCGGAAUCGAGAUCAAGGUCGAUAAGCACGUCGCUCGUGUCUGGCUGGAGGAUCUAAAUGUCGAAUGCUCCUACGCCGUAUUGAGAGAUAGAGUGAGGGUUGUGAUUGAGAGAGCGGUAGAAACCAUCGCUCCCAUGUGGGCUGAGGGACCACCGUCUGCUCCUACAACCAACGGGUCUGGACAGGGUUCCAUGAAUGAAACUAAGGCAGGCGUUGAAGUCAGUGCGAAGGCUUGAUGGACGAAUGGAUGGAUAUCAUACAUGGAAGGUUUAAUACUCUUUGUAUUACUAUUGAUGUGAAAUCUGCUUCUUUCUUUUCCUUCUUCCAAUGUCGCUUUCAUGAUGAGGGCCUCACCCUCUAUGGCGGAUUCUGAUAAUAUAAAAGAGUACUGGUAAAAAAAAUACUUCAAUUUUCUCCGU